AAAAACAAAAACACAGCGUGAGGAUGGGCGAAUAGAUGCGAAAUGGCGGAGAUAAAGCCGUCGUUCCCUUCCUCUCUGCCGCCGCAGCUCGUGAUAACUUGGCUGCCGCUGCGCGAUAUCUCUUCUGCACUGUGCGCGUCCUCUUCCUGGCGCGGUGCUAGUGAGCCGGUCUUUAAGGUCGUCGCGGAACGCAAUGGUCUCACGCGCGGCACGGAUUCAUGGCGAGGUGGCGUGCUGAGGCACCCUACCUGGUCUCGUUCCAAGCCGGCCCGGCAGCAGUACAGAUGGCCUGAGUUUACCGGUCCGAGGACGGUCACUAAUGAAGUCGCUGAGCGUGAUUUCUACUUUGUCGCCAACAGCAUUCGGGUACCGCUACACAGGAUGGCUCGAUUUCGUGUGCAAAUGAAGAAAGAGGAAUUGAGGACUACGGAUGGAUGUGGCUUUGCCUUACUCUCGGGCAGCGGCGCAAUCAAGCGUGCGUAUGUGUGGAACAGCAACGGCAACGAUUAUACAGGCAUUGGCAGCCCUCUUCUUGGAAGAAUCGAAACGUUCUCUUUCAAAAAUAAGCGCAUCAAAAGUGGCCAGACGCUGCUUGUUAGCGUCUGGAACGUACCGCCCUACCACUUCCACGCGACGCUCGAGCGCGUGGAAGAGGAUGGAAGUCUCUCUGAAAUAGCGACAGAACGCGACAGAGCGCGAUAUUUCAGCGUGGAUGAUAGUGAUGAAGAGGAUGGACCUUUCGUCCUGGCUCCAUUGGUUCGUCUGUUUACAGGCUCAUCCGCGACGCUGGGCUUGUAUGAGCCACUGGCACAUGAAUAAGAAAU